AUGGAAAGACAAAUCCCUUAUAGCUUUGUGCUCAUUGUUUUACCAAUAGGAUUUUCACUGUCCAAGGACCAAAUGUUUGUAAGCAUGGAUGCAAGUUCACAAACGUUUUCAAACCAACACCUGGUCUUCAGAAAUGAUCAACAGAUGGAUGGAGACGUGAAGAAAAAUCUGAGUUUUAAACCCUCUCCACCUUCCCAGGUCAUCUAUUCUGAAUUUAGCCAGAAAGAAAAUUCAGAAAGAGAACUGUGGAAAGCCUUCAGCCAGAACCAUCAGAGCCCUCUGAAUGUAUCAGUGAAUGGAAGUUUGUGUAUUCUCUUCUGGGCUAAAAGAAUAACAAUUCAAUUCAAAGAUCAGACUCAGUUGGAUCUGACAGAUAAAACAUUUGGCAAUCAGGCCACCGUGGAUGUCAGAGAAUCAAACUGCAGUGAGGAAAAUGCCACGCUUUCUCUUAAGUUUGGUGAUGUUGACAAUCUAAAAGGACUUGACAUCAGGUUCUCCUUGGCCAGGUAUAACAAGUUGCCUGUACAGAGUUGGUUUAGUUUACAAAGGAUUCAGAUUCUUUACAACAACUCAAUCCAAGCAACUUUCAACGCAACCCGAAUAUACGCUCCGUCAAGCUAUUCUUUUCACUGUGAACGCGUCAGCAGCCUACAGAAAUAUGACCCCCUCUUGAUACCCAGCUCCACAAAUGAUAUCUCCAGGCUGUGGGAAGUCACUUUUAUCGAUUUUCAGAUUCAAGCCUUUCGCAUCAAAGAAGGUCAGUUUGCCUCCACCAGAGACUGUGCAUCCUUUUUCUCCCCAGCUAUUCUGAUGGGCCUGGCCACCUCCCUACUCCUACUCUUGGUUCUGGCCUACGCCCUCCACAUGCUGAUUCACCUCAAGUCUCUUGACAGGCAUUAUGAGUGCAAAGCUUCUCCUGCUUACUUCUCCCCCUUCAAAGAUCUCACCAGAGCAGAGGAGAAGGAGCCUCUGAGAACCUAUGGCAGUGAAUACUAUGAGCUUCAAAGCCAACAGUUCGGUCAACUUUAUAUUUAGCCAUGUAUGUCUGCCUUCGGGCCGUAAUAGGCCGUGAAUUUUGUUCCUGUCGUUCUGUGAUAUUUGGCUUGUGAGUUAGUUAAAGAUUUUCAGCAAAUGACUUGAUUUACAAAGGGAAAAAAAGCAGAAUGGAUUGCUUGGUUUUGCUGCUUAGUCAUGAACUGGCCUCUUGAGAGGCAGUCAGAGCAGUGGAAAAACAUUCCAUUGAGUCAGGAGAAAAGAAGGGUUUGGCCCCAAGUUAGCUUGAAAGGAACAGAAGGCGAAUGCACAUGUUUAGAACUUGAGAGAGGGAGCAAACAGCCAUGGAAGAGAUACAUGGGCUAGACAGGGCGGCUGCUGCUGUUGCUGUCAUUAGAUUUCCAAGCACCUCCCCUGACUUGGUUUGAAGCCCCGGAGAGCAGUCUGUUGGGAUGUUUGUCUCAACACUUUGGCCAGAACUGCAUCGAUUGGAAGGCAAGAUCCAAGUUCAUGGUCAAGAUUGCUCACCCAGUCAUGACGCUUCCUGGAAACAACCUGGGGAGGGUUUCAAGCCAUAAAUUUUGGUGUCAGAGUUGGUGUCUGCCUGACAUUUCCAUAUUUGGUUGUAUACCUUCCCUGACAUCACAUACCCUUUAUAUCACUUUAAAAAUUGUAUUUCCUUCCCAGUCUAAGCAGGAUAUAUAUUCCUGAACUGACCCCUGCACCCAGCCUCCAUAACGGCAUGGAUGAUUGGACCGGAACUAGGUUUGAUCCAUUUCCCACUGACAGAGAUGUAAAGCACAUUAGAGCUGUCCUGUUCAAUUUAUUCCUUGCAGUCAUGCUGGGAAAUGCAACAAGAGGCUGGCACAACAUAACACAUCUGAUCCGCCAGGAAUUGCUUCCAACUCAACAGCCACAAGCAUCGUCGAAAGUUAUAGAGAAGUCAUGCAACAGUCAUGAUUACAUGGAUGACCUCAUCCUAGA